AGAAACAAGAGAGAGAGAGAGAGAGAGAAAUUAAAUGCGUUUUGUUUUGUUAUUAAUUUAAAUUAUUUAAAAUGGAAAAAAGAAUUAAAUAGUGAAAAGAAAAAAAGAGAACACAAAAGUGAGCGGUUUCUUCCAUGGCGCGUCUACUCUAAUUUCAUCAAUCAAUCAAAAUAAAUUUAAUUUUAAUUAUUCAGUUAAAUUAGAAAGCAACGAGGAAGAAGAAGAUGAUGAGCUGGAGAAGAGUGUUGAAGUCCGUACAAGCAUUAGCUGCUCAUACUCUUCUCUUCUUUUUCACUUUUUUGCUCGUUCUCAAGCUCGACGGCGUCGUUUUCUACUCCUGGUGGUUUAUUUUCUCUCCUCUCUGGUUAUUUCAUGGAGUUGUUGCUCGAGGGAGAUUUUCAUUGCCGGCUCCAUCAGUUCCACACAAUCGUCAUUGGGCACCAUGCCAUGCAGUUGUUGCAACACCGUUGCUUAUUGCAUUUGAACUGCUUCUUUGUAUAUAUCUUGAGAGUAUUAAUGUUCAUGGUGUUGCAGCUGUAAGCUUGAAGACUGUCUUUUUUCCAUUGCUAGCAUUUGAAAUAAUUAUUCUCAUUGACAAUUUUAGAAUGUGUAGAGCUCUAAUGCCAGGGGAAGAAGAAAGCAUGAGUGAUGAAGCUAUAUGGGAGACAUUGCCACAUUUCUGGGUUGCAAUAUCUAUGGUUUUCUUUGUGGCCGCUACAUCGUUCACCCUUCUAAAACUAAGUGGCGAUGUUGGCGCUCUUGGUUGGUGGGACUUGUUCAUAAACUUUGGUAUCGCCGAGUGUUUUGCCUUUCUAGUUUGUACAAAAUGGUCAAAUCCAGUGAUCCACCGAAAUUCUCAGACAAGAGAUGUCAGUUCAUCUUCGGCUACCAUUAGGUAUCUCGACUGGAAUAGUGGCUUGGUAGUGUCUCCAGAGGAGGAUCAACUUCAGGAUAGAAUGUGUGGACUGCAAGACAUUGGUGGGCAUAUUAUGAAGAUUCCAUUAAUUGGUUUUCAAGUCGUCCUUUGUAUGUAUUUAGAGGGAACUCCUGCCAGUGCUAGAAACAUACCACUUCCGAUUCUUUUCUCUCCCCUUUUCCUACUUCAAGGUGCUGGGGUGCUAUUUGCUGCCUCUAAGUUGGCAGAGAAACUUAUCCUUUUAUUAAGGAGUGAAGCUGGAACAGGGACAUAUUUUAGAUUUUCUUCAAGAGCUCAUGACUGCUUGGGUUUCUUACACCAUGGUUCCAGGUUACUGGGGUGGUGGUCAAUUGAUGAGGGAAGUCGAGAGGAACAGGCCCGGCUGUAUCAUGAGGGAGGUUCUUGCUAUAAUACUUUCUCUGGUUAUCCUCCCGAGAUAGUGAAGAAAAUGCCUAAAAAGGAUCUCGCUGAGGAGGUCUGGAGGCUUCAAGCAGCUCUCGGUGAACAGACAGAAAUCACCAAAUAUAGCCAGCAAGAGUAUGAAAGACUUCAAAAUGAAAAAGUCUUAUGUAGAGUUUGCUUUGAGGGAGAGAUAAGUGUUGUCCUACUUCCUUGCAGGCACCGUAUUCUUUGCAGUUUCUGCUGCGAAAAGUGCAAAAAGUGUCCAAUUUGCCGGGUUUCUAUCGAACAGCGCUUGCCUGUAUAUGAUGUUUAGGCUCUAACUUGUCCAGCCAUUUUGUAUAUGGACUAUGGAAUACAGCGCACAGGGAAUGCAGAAUAACUUUAACAGCAAAGUCCUUUUUCUUUUAUGAUUGGAACGAGUGUUCUUGAAAUUAACCCAACACAGCACGACAAAAUAGAGAACGCAGUUGCUGUUCUUAUAUCGACCCCUUUCUUUUCUCAACUAGAAAAAUGUAAAUAAUUUUGCUUUUGAUGGGUGCAUUUCAACUCGUAAGUUUUUGUCAUUCUGCAGAUAUUAGCUUUGUCAUUCUGCAGAGAUUAGCUAGAAAUUGCGAGAGAUGUAUAAUUGAUAAACUAUGUAUAGAAAUGACGGUUGAAUUUGACAUGCUUAAUUUUAGAGCAUAUGCGAAGGGGGGACGUAGACGCUGUAUCUCUUUUUCUGUAUAUUUUCGUAUACAAGCUUAUAAAUAACAGUCGCAUUUGAUAUUUA